CUGAAUGUGUCUGCUGACUGUCCCACACAGCGACGCAGGACCGAGAGCUCCAGAUGUGCAGAGACCGAGAGAGGACGCUGGCCGCUCAGCUCUCCCACCAGGAGCAGGUGAACAGGGAGCUGCAGGAGAACCAGGCCCAGCUCAUCUGCAGGAUUCACCGGCAGCAGGACCUGGUGGUGGCGCUGCAGCAGCGCUUGGUCCUCCUCGCGGAGGAGAGCUCGCGGGAUGCGGAGCUCCUCCUGCAGGUCAGAUCAGAGCUGCUGUGCCUUCAGAGCUCCGAGGUGAAGCUGGAGGGCCUGGUGGAAGAGCUGCACGAGGAGGCCCACUGCAGAGCUGCGCUGGCGCUGAGCCUCCAGGCGGAGCUGCACGAGGAGGCCCAGAGCAGACUCGCCAUGACCCGGAGGGUAAAAAAAAAAAAAAAAAAACUGUUCACGGACUGUUGUCCAGCAGGUGUCAGUAUUGUACCGCGCUCUGGACCUCUCGUCUCAGCGACUUCACUCUCGACUGUCCCCCAGUUUGCAAGUCCUGGAUAACUGUAACGUUUGACGUGACCUCAGCAGUUGAGAGAAGUGUCACAGAGACGCAAGGCAUCAAACAGGGCUUUAAAUUAUUAUCUUAAAAAAUACAUUUAAUAAUAAAAAAAUAAUAAUUUAGAUCACAGCAUGACCUGUAUAUGGGGAACGUUUUCAAACACUUAUGACUUUAUUAACAUUUAUGACUUUCAUCAAACAUGGAACUGUCUGAAAAAAGAGU